AGAUUUUGGGCAAGGUAAGUCCAGAAGAAAUCCCAAUAUACAAAGCAUUACACCAGAUGCAGAAAUAGGUUAUAUGUUAGAAGUUGAUUUAGAGGCCCCAGUGCAUUUACAUGACUUCUUUGCAGAUUAUCCUCUAAUACCGGAAAAGCAGAUAGUACCAGAAAACUGGCUUAGCCUAUAUAACAAAAGAUUAGUAAAUGAUAAAGAA